AUGCACUCAGCCGGCUGCGGAUGUAAAGCUGAGCAUGAAUUAGCAUCAAGUUAUGUAUGUUUGCGCGAAUAUCUGAAUAUACCUGGAAUCCGAGUAUUUAACAGCAACGUGAAUCCAAACGACGGUGGAAUUAUCUUCAAAAGGUAUUCGGAACGUCUAAGUUCACCGGAAAUAUCCAGUGACGAGGACGAAAGUGAGCUUUUAUUCACAGUUCCGUUCACUCAACCCUGCGAUAUCGGGAAUCUACUCAUAAUAAACGAAAGCGAGGGACCUCUUGAAGUAAAAUUGUACGUGAACAGACCAGAGAUCGAUUUUAGUGACAUAGAGACCGUGACUCCCACCCAGAAAUUGUCUGUACCGCCAGACAUACACGGAUCUUAUAUACAUUUACUCAGUGUUGCCAAGUUUAAAAACGUUGAGAAUCUAGCGAUAUAUCUGGAGUCCAAGGAUAAGGAAGUAAAAGUGCGCUAUAUUGGCCUUAGAGGUCGUGUUUUGGAUACAAUCAAGGGCGUUGUUGAUGCAAAUUACGAGGUUAUCCCGGUUGGAAAAUUCAGCCAGGUCAUUUCAGAUUUAAAGAACUUAAGGACUAUACAGUAG